AUGUGUACCAACCCCGUGCAGCGAUUCACCUUUUUGACGCUCGACAAUCACAUCCUGGCAAAUUGUUUCGAGUUCUGGUUGAGCGGAGGGGUCGCUUGUCUAAGUAUAGAUUCUUAUACCUGGUCCAGCCUGCAAGCAUGCCACUCGAAAUAUGCUGCUUUUUUUCCCCAUAUGAGAUCAUGUUACUACGAUAAACCCUUGCAAUCCUAUUCACUUUCCAUGUGCUCUGGAUUAUCCAACUCAAUACACAUAUCUAUGUCUUGCUGGAUUAUACUAUGA